UGACAAACCAGAGGCGCUCCACGGGCCAGCAUGUCAAACACUAACGAUAAUCAUGGGCUUUAGCCGCGGCAACUCUUCCGAAACUCGCAUCCCGAGACACUAACGAGGCGACUUUGGGCCGUUCCGUCGGUCUGCGGACGCGUCAGAGCCGGAGCGGACAUCGCCAAAUGGACGUCGAUGGACUGGCAUGAAACCUCCACUUCUAUCGGACUGAAGGAAGGAGGGAAAGAAACCUCUGCAUGUUCAAGUUUCCUGCCCGGACCGGAGGGGCAUCGGUGCGCGCGUGUUGGAUGUGGGUGCGUGUGUGGAAGUGUGUUUCGGGUGCGUGUGUGUGCGCGCCCGCAGGAGCAGCAGCAGGAGCAGCGGCGGCGGCGGCGGUGGCGGUGGUGGCCGCGGGAAGGGAAGUUUAGCGCCCUGAUUUUUCCUCUCUGCCUCUAUUCCGUCGCGUUGUGUUUCAUGUCGCAGCAGGGGACUGGCGGAUUAACGUUUCCCUGAUGAGAAUUAAUCAUCUGUGGAGAGGCUCUGUGAUCGUGACUAUGAUGAUGAUGUCGAGUAAGAGCGUGGAGUGGCUGCAGGAGGAGCUGGAGUCCGGGGCCAGCUCCCUGCUGCUGCUGGACUGCAGACCCCAUGAGCUGUACGAGUCCUCGCACAUCGAGUCGGCCAUCAACCUGGCCAUCCCGGGCCUCAUGCUCCGGAGGCUGAAGAAGGGCAACCUCCCCAUCCGCUCCAUCAUCCCCAACAACGAGGACAAGGAGAAAUUUGUCAAGCGGUGCAAGACGGACGUGGUGGUCCUGUACGACGAGGCGACCCCGGAGCGGCAGGAGUCCGGGCUGGGGAGCUCCGUGCUGGGGCUGCUCCUGCAGAAGCUGCGGGACGACGGGUGCAAGGCUUUCUAUCUGGAGGGGGGCUUCAACAAGUUCCAGUCGGAGUACCCCGAACACUGCGAGACCAAUCUGGACUGCUCCUGUCCCAGCAGCUCCCCGCCAGCCUCUGUCCUCGGCCUGGGAGGACUCCGCAUUAGCUCUGACUGCUCAGACGGGGAAUCCGACCGCGAGCUGGGCAGCGCCACAGAGUCGGAGGGCAGCCCGCUCCCCAACAACCAGCCAGCGUUUCCCGUCCAGAUCCUGCCAUACCUUUACCUGGGCUGUGCCAAAGACUCCACCAACCUGGAUGUUCUCAGCAAGUACAAUAUCAAGUACAUCCUCAACGUGACGCCCAACCUGCCCAACAUGUUCGAGCACGAAGGGGACUUCAAGUACAAACAGAUCCCCAUCUCCGAUCACUGGAGCCAGAACCUCUCGCAGUUUUUCCCCGAGGCCAUUUCAUUCAUUGACGAGGCGCGCUCCAAAAAGUGCGGCAUCCUGGUGCACUGCCUGGCCGGGAUCAGCCGCUCGGUGACCGUCACGGUGGCCUACCUGAUGCAGAAGCUCAACCUGUCGCUCAACGACGCGUACGACUUCGUCAAGCGGAAGAAGUCCAACAUUUCCCCCAACUUCAACUUCAUGGGCCAGCUGCUGGACUUUGAGCGGACGCUGGGCCUCAACAGCCCCUGCGACAACCGCUCGACCUCCCCGACGCACGACCAGCUCUUCUUCACCACCCCGACCAAUCACAACGUGUUUCAGCUGGACACGCUGGAGUCCACAUGAAAAUUAGACGGGGGACUGUCCCUUUUCUCGGGGGUCCAGGUGGUGUCGCGGUAACAAGCAGCUGCACUGGAGGGAAGCAGCCAGUUUUAAUGAAUGUUUUAACCUCCCGGUGGCUCAUCGGCAAAGAGCCUGGCCACGGAGCAGCAUUGGAGGGACGGGGGAGGUCACCAAUGCCACGUUAAAAAGGGGACAGGGGAGUUUUUUUAACCCAGAGGGGGAACUGACAGGCGGGUUAACGCUGGCGUCCUCCUCCGAGUUGCUUGAAAUCGAGGGAGGAAGAGCCCCGAUCACCUUGUCUCGUAACAGAGACCUGAGGAGACUUAACUGACUGAGAGACUGAGUGGUGGCGGCAGCAGGACAGACAGCUUCAUACAAAGAUAGGAGCGUGGAAAAAUCUACAGCACUCAAUUUAUGAGACAACAACAUCCUCUCUGUCUUUCUGACUCGGCUCUCAAGAGCCGAGCUGACUGGUGCCAAGUGGAGAAUCUGGGAUUUACUUGUAGGAAAUCUCGCUCUACUGAAUGUAGAGUUUUAUAAACCAAGGAAUUAACACACACACACACACACAUAAACAAAGUAUGUAUGUUUGUACUGUAUGUUAACGUACAUAGCAGAAAAUGUAUGGGCAGUCCUUAACAAAUUCAGUAUGUCUAUAUGCAUUUUUGUAUAUUUUUGUGUACAUUUACGCACAAAUCUAUACCUUAUAUAAAUAUAUACGCAUAGAAAUCUUAUCUAUCCAAUCCAAUAAUGGCUUAAGAGAAUGUAAAACUAAAGAAGGGGGAUGGGUGCGGCGACGCCAACAAAGAGGACCGUUGUUGUUAUAUUUGUCUUCUUUUUUUCCUUUUAGUUUCGUUUUUCUUUCAGGUUUGUAAUGACCUAAUGCAGUUUGCACAGUGGUGUAGCCAUUGACUUGUUGGCACUUGGAGCCAGCGCUUGGAAGCAGCAGGCAGAUAAAGAGACAUUCAGAGAAGAGGAGCGUAGAGGAGAGGCCAGUCCCAGGCUGCGACGCGUCCCGACAGCUGCGCAGCGGAGUGGGGAGGGAGCAGGAGGCGGGCCCUGGAGCAGAGGACGCGGUCCAGGGGUUAGGGGGCUGGAACUAGGAGGUGGGGUAAGGAGUUAUCAGUUGCGGUUGGGUAGAUUUGACAUUUGGCCAACUGGUUUCAAGUGCAAGUUCCCAGUUCCUGCUUCCUUCCCCUUCUGACUGCUCAUCCAGUUGCCGAACAAGAAGUACCAGUUGUUUCCACCAGCUGUUUUGAUUAUUUCAGUCGUUUGUUUCAUUUCAGUCAGACAGGAACUCUGAUGUGGUUCAUCACAGCCUGAAAAGCUCUGGCUUUCGUGCUUUGAGGCUUGAGUGAGAGGUCAGGCUUGGUGU